AGGACAUUUGAUAUCUGCGGCUGCGUAAACCCAAAGAGUGAUUGACUCGUCCACUGUACCGAUCUGUAAAUCCACAAUGUGAAUUAUUGGGGGGUGGACUAUAACCUUCUGACCAGUUAGUCACCUCUACAAUGAGCUCACUGCCAAGACAGCUGAAGGUGCUGCGAUGGAGAUGGAGGAGGAGAGUGGAGGCCCUCCCACCCCCUGCUGUCUAUACCCGGGCCCUCUGCAGCCGUUCACAUGACCCCGCGGACCCCAUCGAGGUCCACAAGAGGAAGCUGGAGCUGUGGUUCAGCCACCUGCCCCAGGAGGAGAAGCAGUUCGGGGGCUACUUCCUUCCAGAGACCAUGCACGUGGACCCCCUGAUCCUGGAGAGGGAGCCCGCGGAGAAGAGGACCCCCCUGAUCCCCAGCCCCCUGCUGCAGGGCCCCCCUGUUCCGGCCUGCACAAUGGAGCAGCUGUUUGAGCCGGUGGCAGAUUGGGGCGGGGCCCGGGGCCUCAACGUGAUGCUGUACGGGGCGGUGGGGACGGGUAAGACCACCGUGGUCCGGAAGCUGGUGCUGGACUGGUGCGCCGGGGCCGCCCUGACCCAGUUCAAGCUGCUGGUGCCCUUCUCCUGUGAAGACCUCUCCCAGUUGACAAGGGCCUCCUCUUUACGGGACUUGGUGGGCAGGAAGUACCUCCAUCUGCGCAGGAUCCCGCUGCUGAGCGGCGAGGGCGACCAGGCCAAGGAGGUCCUCUUCCUCUUCAACGGGAUAGAGAAGAUGAAGCUGGACUUCCGGAUUGGGAACACGGAGCUGUGCAGUGACCCCAGCGAGGCGCUCCCCUCCGGGGCCGUGGUGGUCAACCUGCUGAGGAAGUACCUCCUGCCUGAGGCCAGUAUCCUGGUGACCACCCGGCUCUCUGCGGUGGAGUCCAUCCCCCAGAAGUACGUUGCCCGCUACGCACAGAUCUGUGGCUUCGACAGUGCUGAGCGCCAGCGGGCCUACUUCACCAGCCGCCUGCUGCAGCAGCCCAGCACCGGUGUGGCCCAGCCCAACCGGGAGGCCCUCAUCGAGCUCCUCUACCUCAACCUGCAGAGGGAGAGCCGCCUGGCCCAAGCCUGCUUCCUGCCCGCCUACUGUUGGCUCACCUGCGCCACUCUCCACUUCCUGCACUUUACCGACGCCCAGGCGCCCAUCCGCACCUUCACAGGCAUCUACACUAGCUUCCUGCGGCUCAACUUCGGCGGGGAGGUGCUGGGAGCAGGCGCGGCGGCGAGGGCGGACGGCUCGGUCCAGGAGCGGCAGGGCUCCCUGAUGCUGUACGUGGUGCGCACGGUGGGGAAGCUGGCCUUCGACGGCGUCACCAACAAACGCACCUCCUUCUCGGAGAGCGAGCUGGAGCAGUGGGUCGGCGGGAAGACCAAGACGGACGAGGAGCUGCGGCAGCUGGCCGUGUUCAGGACCGACGUGCUGGACUUCUUCCUGGUCCCCUGCCCCAGCAAGGACGGCCAGGAGCAGGACGCCGACGAGCGGCGCUACACGUUCGCCGUGCCGGCCAUGCAGGAGUACCUGGCCGCCCUCUACGUGGUCCUGGGGGAGAACAAGACGGCGGUGGAAAAGCUCACCAGGCAGGUGUCGGUGGCCAUCGGCCAGGUGAACGAGGAGGUCGGCUCCAUGGUGGCGGUCCUCUCCAAGUUCAUCCCGCUGCGCAUCUUUGCAGUGUUCAACCUGCUCCAGCUGUUCCCCAAACUGUACGAGCGGAUCCACACUCACAACCAGGGCCGCAUCGCCAGGACGCUGGCGUCAGAGAUGUUCCGCAACGAGGACAGCUUCAACGAGGACGUCCUGGACCAGGUGGAGCAGGGCCUGCUGGGGCUUCACGGCCCGCAGCCCGAGAAGCAGGAUGAGAGGCAGCCCUUCGAGCUCUACCCCAUCUUCAUGGGCGGCCUGCUGCACUAUGACAACCGCGUCCUGCUGCAGCAGCUGGGCUGCAGCAUCAAGAGCACCACUGUGUCCCAGAUCACGCGCGCUCUCCGCAAGUAUCUCGUUCGAGAAUUGAACAAGCCCCAGCCCCCGGAGGAGCUCAUGGACCUCCUGGUCCUGCUCUACGAGUUCCAGAACCCCCGGCUCACGGCCGAGAUCCUGUCCACCAUCAGAACCAUACGCCUCUGCAACGUUCGCAUGACGCCCCUCAAGUGCUUUGUUCUGAGCUCGGUGCUGUCCUGCAGCCCUGCCAGCUACCGGCUGGAAGAGCUGAACCUUUCUUCUUGCUACCUAACACACGAUCUGCUGGAGAUGCUGUGGCCUGCUUUCAGACACACACAUAACCUCAAUCUCCAGUUUAACAGCCUGGGCCCAGAUUCCUGCAUCUUCCUGAGUGACCUUCUGCUUGACCCCAAGAGUGAUAUUAGAUCCCUACAGCUGUGCGACAACCCCCUCCAGGAGUCCGGGGUGCGCACCCUGCUGGAGGCCCUGCCCCAGGACCAGUCCCUCAGGCAUCUGUCCCUGAUGCACACGGGGCUGGGGGACGCCGGCGCCCGGCAGCUGGCCUCCAUACUGCACCACCACGCGCGGCUCCAGGAACUCAACGUGGCCUACAACAACAUCGGGGACAGCGCCGCCCUGACCCUGGUGGACGCCUGCAGGGAGCACCCCAACAUACACACCGUGCAUCUGUACCUCAACCCCCUUAGCAACGUGGGGAAGCAGUCCCUGUACGUGCGCGGGGUGCCCACCGACCAUGGGGGCACGGGCCGCCGCGUGCAGGUGCUGGCGUCCGUCACCGAGGGCUCAGACCUGUCCGAGUCCUGGCACCCCAUCCUCAGCGUCAUCACGGAGAACGCCUCCACCUGGGACCCUAAGCGCGUGCGCGAGCAGCUGGAGGUGUUCCUCAGGGACCUGGAGUGGGGCCGGCAGCAGCAGCCCAGCUGGUGGAAGAGGAUGCACUUCCGCAAGGUGGAGAAAGGGGUGAGGCAGGUAUUGCAAAGGAUGGACAAAGAUACCGCCCCUAAAUCCCGAAGAAAUGCCAAGUAAAAUCAGCCUGGCAACACAAACGCUCAGGGAAGAGGAUGGCUGCGUAUGCCUGGCUUUUAGUCUCUGAAGGGACACCAAGGGAAUCAAACCAAGAAGGACAACAUUCAGGAAAUGGCCACGAGGCUAUUUGUGUAAAAACCUGUUUUCAAUGCAGAUACGCAUGUUUCAAAUGCAACUGGCUUAUACCUUUUAUAUUAUAUUGACUAUAUUUACAUGUUGUUGUGGCAGAAGACCCUGCCACAAGCCAGCCAACCGGCUUUGCCUUCCAAACCCAGUUUAUUAGCGAGUCACAACGUGGUAAAUGCAGAGGAGGUGUUUCCUUGACGUUUCAGAGCUCUCCCUAGAGCUUGUGUGGUGAUGGCUGGUUGAUCCUGUGUGGGCCCUGAGUGGCCCGAUGCACCACAGGGGUUGCAGCCUUAUGCAGCUCCAGAGUAAUCAGCCUGACUGGAGCCAGAUGAGGCUGCUUAAACCAGCCAUCAACCACACAUGCUCCACAACUCUGUUUUCAAUUGAUGGUAAGGUGUUUUUUAAAUGUUUGGAGGCCAACGCAAUCACAACAAUCAGCUGCUUUGAGCUGUAUCACUAUAAAGGUAUUUGCCUUUUUAUAAGGUAUGCCUUUUUAUAAGGCCUUUACUGCUAGGUUUUAGAAAUGUACAGAACCCUAAAAUAAUGAAUGGUUACAUCAAGUUUGCUAUUUAACCCUGUAGCAAUGAACGAGUCCUAUUGUGGCAUUUAAAUAUAAGUGCUUGCUGGUGAGUGCAAAUAUAACGGAGAUGGAGAUGGGGAGCAGUGUGAUACACCUUCUUUAAUAGCUAGCCUAGUAUUUUUAAAAAACUAAAUUUGUCAAUCAAAUGUUUUUCAUCAAUCAAGUUAUUGUCAUAUCAGCAUUGUUGUGCUUUUAUUUCAUUUAAUCCACAUCAUAGACGUGAGGUCAAAACUCUACCGUCUUGCUUGAAAUGGGAAAAAGGCUGAAAUUAGAUAAUUUAACAUUAGGUUUUGACUUUGGAAUUAAUAAUCUUUAUUUGAAAUGUUUAUUUUUGAACUGAUCUCAUAACUGAAGCUGGAACUGAUGCACUUUUGCAUGGUUUAACCAAUUGUGUUGGACAAGAUAAAGUCGUAAAUUUAAACUUGAAGACUUAAUUCAACAAAAAAUGUUUUGAUUAACCAAAAUCUUAAUUUGGUUAGUGUUUUGUGCAAUUUGAUUCAAACAUGCUUGUUCCCUGUUCAUGAAAUACUUAAUCGUUCAAGUUGGAUUGAAAAUAAAACAAAAAACAUGAAGUGUGUGUGUGUGCGUGCGUGCGUACGUGCGUGCGUGCGUGCGUGCGUGUGUGCGCGCGUGUUGUGUCUUAGGAAGAUUCAACAUUAGCCUGUCUGCCUACUAUAAUAUGUGUCACCUCAAGGCCGUGUUCUGUCAAAUAACCCUGUAACCUGUGUCUGUUCCUGAUAAGAUGGAGACCUGACACAAUUGCAUGGCAUAGUUCCUCCUUCUCUUAUUAAUGGCAGAGCUUAAAAUGCAUGUGGUGCAGUGUUACCAGGGGAUGCUUUUCCCCAGGUUUUAACUUUGAUUGUGUGGUAAGAGUUCCAGGAGUGGUGGCUGAGAAGGUAAAAAAAAUAACAAUGAAUGAUUGAACCAUUAAUUUGAAAACUACAUACAAAAUGUAGUUAUUGUGGCCCAUUUAACAGAUUAGUCCGCAGCAGAACAGAAGUAGGUGUUAGUAGUGGUUCAAGUAAGAGUAAGCUUAACAAUUGACAACAGGGUUAUGUUAAUAGUCAUUCAAAGGCCAAAGUAAAUGAAGCUAUAUCAUGUUUAUAUAUGUUAUACAAUGGUGAAGUCAUGAAUGAUUAACUUAAUAGUGAAUCCUUGAAUCCUCCGACUAUAAACAGUAAUAACUUCAUCGUUAUUCAGGCCACUAUUUAGUUAAUAGUAAUAGUUAAUUACCAAGUAAUUAAGCAAUAAAGUAAAGUAACAAAUAAUAUUAGUAAUAAUAAUAAUAAUACAUUUUAUUUGAGGGCGCCUUUCAUGGCACUCAAGGACACCUUACAGGGCAGUGUUUAAAAAUAAAUAAAAUCAACAAUCAUAAAAAACACAAGAACAAGAUACAUUGAAACAAUUUACACAAGUGGGGUGAAAUGGGUGGGAGACAAUGAAUUACAUUGAAAAUGUCAGUUUAAAAAUAUGUGUUUUUAGACGGGACUUAAAAGUUUAAUUAAGUUUAAUUAAGUUUUAUUGUUUAACCUAACCAAUUAUUGGUUGGUGUGUCAGCCUCUACUCUAAAAGCAUUAGAGUAUUCCUAAUGCUGUUCCAUUGUACAUAACAGUCCAUAUGCAGUGAGUAGAAAGGCUUUUUACACUUUUUCUUUGCCUGACUUUUUCGAAUCUACAAGCACAAUUAGCUGGUUUCUGCAAACUCCUCCUACAGCAACAAAGAUGACAAAGGCUCUGAGUUGACACUGUGCUUGCCUGCUCCGCCACACUAAACUAGAUUAAACAUUAAGCUGGGGGGUGGGCCUAAGGAGAGCACAGGGCCAAAUUCUCACCUGUUGACGACAGUCAGGUCUUUCUCUCUUUUAUGUCCCUUCUUCACUGUGUACCUUGCACCUUCACACCGCCAUAGCCUGUAUAGCCCAGCCAGUGUGUGUGUUUGGAUGAGGAGCUGGAACACCAACACACAACAUGAAGUACAGCAACACAGGUAUUGAGGAUGCGAUGGAAUAUCCACGGUGAGUCCUACCUUCAUCAACAACGAUAUAGCUCUUCAUCAUCAUCAUGGUCAACAACUCUUAUUUUACCAAGAAAUCUGAGAAAGAAAAAAACGUUAUUAAUAAUGCAUUUAUAAUAUUGGCAUAUCGAUGCACAGACCUCAUGUGGGAACUGGGAUUGUGAUAAAAAUAAAUAUAUAUGUAUAGAUAUUAAAAUGGACAAGUCAGACUGACGAACAACAAACAAACCAUAUGACAGGCAAGUCAUAGCAGAGUAGGCAGCACAGUCUACAGUGGUACAAAUCAAUGCUUUUAUUAGAUAUUCUUGGAAUUAUUCAAUCUAAUCUUUUCAACGCUUUCAUUUCACACUAAUGUUCAAAUU